UCAAAUGAUAACAAUCUAAUAUCAAGUGCGAAAAAGAGAGGUUCACUUGAAAGCAUGUAUUGAAAGCGUGCAACUUUACAUUUCUGCGUGUAGACACCGCAUUAUGACGCGUAAUGAUAAAUGUUAUCGGUAGCGUGAUUUGCACUAAAGUAAUCGAUAUCUCCAAUUUUGUAAAUAAAUUCUGCUUCUGUUUGUUCAAUUUGUGCAAUUUUUUUAAUGACGUAUUUUGCGUUUUCAAACGUAUUUAACAAAAAAUUAGCUCCCAAAAAAUAAUUGUUUAUAAGACUCAAAACAUAAAUGUAAAGUUUAACAAUUUAAAAUGUCUACCGGUUGUUCACAUUUGCGUCAACGCCAGUUUUUACGUUUUGGCGGCAGCAUACAGGAGCUGCGUGAACAAUUGCAACAGGAAAUUGAAAACAAAGCAAAAGCCUGCUCCAAUCCUACGCAUCAAUGCUCGCUACCCCGUGUCGAUGACAGUGAAUAUUGUAUGCGCCAUAUCUUACGCGAUCCACGUGGUCUCUAUCGUCAAUGUACUUUUAUUUAUCCAAAUGGAAAGAAAUGUCCAAAUGCGUUACAAAAACAUGACAUUAAAAAAGAUCCAACAUUGACAACACUUUGCUUUGAGCAUAAUCGUCAAGCUCAAUUACGAAAAACACACACCACUGUAGGUAAAUUUAAAUGCACCGAUACAAAUGAGGCAUUACUUUACAAUUUAGCCAACCAUAUUAGUGUGGAAGAUACACAACUGCAAAGUGGUUGCGAGCAAGAUGAGGAAAUAGAUGUAGUAUCACCGCAUGUAACACCAUUUGUUGCACAUGAUCAGAUAAACAGUUUAAACACUGUGGUGUCAAGAUUGCAAAAAAAGCGACGAAUUUUGGAUUAUGCUUCCGAUAGUUCCAGUGAUUAUGAUACACGACCUAGCAUUAGAAGCUCGGCACGUAAUUUUGAUAUAUACGAAUCUGAUGAUGAUGAUAAUGAAAAUGAACUCCCGGAGGACUUGCUAAAAUAUGCCGGCGUUUAUACGCGCGAAGAAGCCGUACGUAUCUCAGAAGCUAAACUUACUAAACUACAGGGUUUAUACAUUGACCAAAUCAGUCAUUUACAAAAUAUACUUAAAGAUCGUCGUCGUCGCUAUCUAAUUGCUUUACGUAAAGAACGUGAAAUGCUUUGCAGCAUUCACGAUCAGAUAAAAGAUACACCGAAAGAACGCAAAAUCUACAACCAAUUAAAGGCAUUAAGUUCAUACCAUCGCCGAAAUGGUGUUGAGGCCGUGCUCCAUAAGAAAUUUAAAGAAAAACGUUCCCGCGUCACAGAUGGUUAUGCCCACAAAGGUCCUAGUUUUAAUAAAUGUAUUUUCACUGAAGGUGGCGUUAAAUGCGGUGAUCGAGCAAUGCCAUGUUGUAAAUAUUGUCGUAAGCAUAUUUUGGAAGACAAAAAGCAAGUACUCUUUCGUGCAUGCGGAGUGGAGAAGAGCGGAGUUGUAUGUCAGGAACCCAUGCCGUGCAUAUUUGACGAUGGCUCAACUUGUAUACUGCAUUUGACCAUUCCAGCACGUCGUCAAUAUAUUCAAAAGAAAUACGAAUCAGAAACAGACGACGAAGAGAAAGUAGAAUCAGGAAAGGUCAAGCCUCUUACAGAAGAAUUGAAAAAAACAGAAAAACUAGAAUCUGCAGUUACAGAGGAUUCUCCGGGUAGAAACGUGACAAUUGCACAUGACACAGAAACUGUUAUUGAUAUAAUCGGUGAUUGAAAGCAAACAAUGCGGUGUAACCGUGUAUGCAGUCGUUUUAAGAUUUGGUAAUGUUUAAAAAUGAUUUUAACUGUAUAUGUAUGUCGUUUAUUUUAUUUGAAACUAUAUCAGCUGAGAAUUACUCUGUAUUUCUUAUUAAAAAUCAUUUUUUAAUUAGAAUAAAUAAUUAUAUCAGGUGUACAACUU